ACCUCCAUAGCCAGCCUCCUCCUUUUGAGAGAACCAUUUUGAAUUCAAUCAAAUUGGUGACUGUGUCCAAACUGGACGAGGUCAGCAAUACCUUGAGAACCAGCACCAGCCCACAUGCUGAAGACCUACUGAUUUAUCAGAGCAAUUACAAUUGUAAUUCAUAAAUUGAGUAGAAAACACAUGUAACCUGUAGUCUCAUUCAUUGUAUGUGAGGAUCACAAUUUGGGUUAUUGAGGUGGCCUAGUUUAAACUCCUUAUCAUUGUUUAUAUGGCUCCACUUUGUUAAUUGUAGCCAUAUUCUCUUCAUGGGAUGCAGAUGUCACGUGACCAGAAUGCUCCUUACGGUGAAGGAAAAAUGGCAGUGAAGCCUCUCAGCAAGUUACCGUACUGCAAGGGGUUCAUCACCCUUUAAUAUUCACCGAAGUACGUCAAGGUUUGUGGUUGCAUUAAAAGGUCAAAUGACGUCUUGGCAAAAAGGUCAAUCGUGUAGCUGCUGUCUACUGAGCUUGCCCAUAACAUCGCCAACGCGAUGCUAGCCAGAGUGCCAGGAAGUCGCAUCGUCUUCUAUUUUCUAAGUAGCCGUAGCGAAAAUUUGGAUUGAUGGACGCUGAAAUGACUUGAGGAAUUAAACAUUUUAUGAUGACACUUGGUUGCACUUAUUUUCUAGCUUGCUGACAUUCCACGCUUGGUUAUUGUUUACUAACCAGGCAACGUUAGCUAUCUUGUUAACUAAAGUAAGCACGAGAUAUUUACCUAGCCUGCUGGAUAAAAAAAAAAAAAUUUAUGUCCUACGUUGCACAAGGCUGUCGAUUGCGAUACAUUCAUACGUUUUUUUUUAGAAACAUUGACAUUUUAAUUUAGCAAAAAAACUUGCUUGACUGAGGGAUGCGAAUGUGCUUCUGUAAUUAUCGCUCAAACUAUUCUCAGUGACAUUGUGACCAGUAGAACGCUAGCCAGUGACGUCAUUUGUCAAGAUCGUAAUGCAGGAUCCGAGUAUCACGCACAAAAUUAAUUAGCUAUUCAUAAUUUGACCAAGUUGUAAAUCAUUUACCGACGUAUGCAUCAAGGUCGUAUCCGGUUGAAUUUCCCUGACCAAUAGGUGAUGAAAGCCACUCAUAAAACAAGAGAAGCCCAGCCAUUUGCCAUGAGCAGUGAGCUGAACGUGCCCAUGGGCUCCCCAGCCCCGGGGGGCUUUGAGCGGAUGCCGGAGGGUGGAGGGAUGGACUACAGGGACUGGGUGCGCCGCAGCUACCUGGAGCUGGUCACCUCCAACCACCACUCUGUGCAGGCGCUGUCUUGGAGGAAGCUCUACUUGAGCCGGGCCAAACUGAAAGCCUCCAGCCGCACCUCUGCCUUGCUCUCUGGCUUCGCUAUGGUGGCAAUGGUGGAGGUCCAGUUGGAGAUCCAGUACAACUACCCACGAAUGCUCCUCAUUGCCUUUAGCGUUUGUACUACGGUGCUGGUGGCUGUGCACCUGCUCGCCCUGCUCAUCAGCACCUGCAUCCUACCCAACGUGGAGGCAGUCAGCAAUAUCCACAACCUCAACUCAGUCAGCGAGUCACCCCAUGAGCGCAUGCACCACUACAUCGAGCUGGCCUGGGGCUUCUCCACUGCCCUGGGCAUCCUGCUGUUCCUGGCAGAGGUAGUGCUGCUCUGCUGGAUCAAGUUCCUGCCCGUGGACUCUAGUUCCGCCAACCAGGUGGCGGUGGCUGCCGCAGAGCUGGCACUAUCCAAGCUGAACUGUAGCAGCCCCGCCCUGCCACCCAAGCCCACCCCUCCGCCAGGGCACAGUGGCUGGCAGGCAGCCCUGGCCUCCACCAUCAUCAUGGUGCCGGUGGGGGUUAUCUUUGUGGUAUUCACCAUCCACUUCUACCGCUCGCUGGUGAGCCACAAGACAGAGCGCCACCACCAGGAGAUCGAGGAACUGCACAAAAUUAAGGUGCUGCUGGAUGGGUGCGAGAGAGGCCUACAGGCAGUGUGAUAUCUCUAGCUCUUCUCUCUAUGCUCUUCCUGUCCACUGUCAAUGCCUUCUCGCAUUGUUGAGAAGCACCAAAAUUCCACUGAAUAAGUGGGAGGAUUAAGGAUUUCCUUAUCCCCUAUUUAUCAAGCACCCUUUCCUAUUCAGCCUCUAGUCUGUUCAUUGUUAAUGUCUUCCUUAAAGUUUUUUUGGCAGAGAGCCCCAAAACUCCACUUAAUAUGUGGGAAGUUUAAGGAAUUCUCAGCUCUACUAAAUUAUGGAGGUCAAAGUUCAUAGUAUGUUUGAUUUGGAAAAUAGUAUCUUGUCUUUGUGAGAGAUGUAUUGAUUAUAUUUUUAAAGGGCUAUUCUGUU